AUGGUUGGAAUUGGUGCUGGUUAUGAUUUAUCUGUAUCAACAUUUUCACCAGAUGGUAGAGUAUUUCAAGUAGAAUAUGCUACAAAAGCUGUAGAUUCCGCACCUACAGCUAUUGCUGUAGUAUUUUCUGAUGGUAUUGUAUUUGCAGCAGAUUCUUUAGCUUGUGGUACACAAGAUGAUUCACCAUAUGCUAAUGUAUUACAAGCAAAACCAGCUUGGCGUGUAUUUGCAAUUGAUGAACAAAUAGGAGCUGUAGUUGCAGGUCUAUUACCUGAUGCCAAAUGUGUAAUAAAAAGAGCACAAGAAGAAUGUAAAUCAUUCUUUAAAGAAUAUGGUACUAAACCACCAGUAAGAAUCAUUGCUGAACGUAUAGCUUUAUUUGUACACGCAUAUACUUUAUAUUGGCAUGUCAGACCAUUUGGUGUUUCUAUAUUAUUAGCUGGAAUUAAUAAUAAUACACUUAAUUGGAUUGAUGUAGAUGAAUUAUAUUGUAUUGAAAGUAAUGGAGCAUGUUAUAAAUAUGGUGGAAUGGCAAUAGGAAAAGGAAAACAUAUAGCAAAAACAGAAAUAGAGAAAUUAAAUUUAAAAGAAAAAAAGUGUAAAGAAUCAUUAAAAGAUAUUUGUUAUAUAAUAUCACAAUGUAGAGAUGAAAGUUCACUUAAAACUAGUGAUAUACAAAUGGCAUGGAUUUGUACUGAUUCUAAUUAUACAUAUCAAAUCAUACCACAAGAUUUAAUUAAUCUUGCUAAAAAUCAAUCUACACAAAAUUAA